CUGGGAGGGAGGAAGAAGCCUGCUUUGCUUGGGGCUCGGGAGCCUUCUUUGAUUGGAGCUCGGCUUUGUUCCCCCGGAGUCGCGGCCCAGUCAACAUGGCAGAUGAGGAGAUUGCUGCUCUGGUGGUGGACAACGGCUCUGGCAUGUGCAAGGCAGGCUUUGCGGGAGACGAUGCCCCCCGUGCUGUGUUCCCUUCCAUCGUGGGGCGCCCACGACAUCAGGGGGUGAUGGUGGGCAUGGGGCAGAAGGACAGCUACGUGGGGGACGAAGCCCAGAGCAAGAGGGGCAUCCUCACCCUGAAGUACCCCAUUGAGCACGGCAUCGUCACCAACUGGGACGACAUGGAGAAGAUUUGGCACCACACCUUCUACAACGAGCUGCGUGUGGCCCCGGAGGAGCACCCCGUCCUGCUCACUGAGGCCCCCUUGAACCCCAAGGCCAAUCGGGAGAAGAUGACCCAGAUCAUGUUCGAGACCUUCAACACCCCAGCGAUGUACGUAGCCAUCCAGGCUGUGCUGUCCCUCUACGCCUCCGGCCGCACCACUGGCAUCGUGAUGGACUCUGGGGACGGUGUCACCCAUACGGUGCCCAUCUACGAAGGCUACGCUCUGCCCCAUGCCAUCCUGCGCCUGGACUUGGCCGGCCGCGACCUGACCGACUACCUCAUGAAGAUCCUCACGGAGCGAGGCUACAGCUUCACCACCACGGCUGAGAGGGAGAUUGUGCGAGACAUCAAGGAGAAGCUCUGCUACGUUGCUCUGGACUUUGAGCAGGAGAUGGCCACGGCAGCCUCUUCGUCCUCCCUGGAGAAGAGCUACGAGCUGCCCGACGGGCAGGUGAUCACCAUCGGCAACGAGCGCUUCCGAUGCCCCGAGUCUAUAUUCCAGCCUUCCUUCCUGGGCAUGGAGUCCUGCGGCAUCCACGAGACCACCUUCAACUCCAUCAUGAAGUGCGACGUGGACAUCAGGAAAGACCUGUACGCCAACACCGUGCUGUCUGGGGGCACCACCAUGUACCCUGGCAUCGCUGACAGGAUGCAGAAGGAGAUCACGGCCCUGGCACCCAGCACCAUGAAGAUCAAGAUCAUCGCCCCACCGGAGCGGAAAUACUCCGUCUGGAUCGGUGGCUCCAUCCUGGCUUCUCUCUCCACCUUCCAGCAGAUGUGGAUCAGCAAGCAGGAGUACGACGAGUCUGGCCCUUCUAUCGUCCAUCGCAAGUGCUUCUAGAGGGACUGCUGGCGGUCACCCUGAGGGCCAUCCUCGCCAGGACACGCCUAGGGACAGCUUGCUCCUCACCCACUGUCCCAGAAUCACUACUCGACUGUUACUUACUUGGUGUUUGAGCUCUAACUCGUUGUGAAGAUUCUCUGGUUAAGUGUCGGGUCCGCAAAGAGGAGGCUUAGGAAGAACAAGUAGCUAAGGUUGCAUUUUAAGGUCCUGUUGGGAUGUAGCUCUCCUCUGGUUGCUCCUCCUUGGCUCUGUGGGGCUGGGGAGCGGACAGGGCUUGUUUGCUUCUAGGUAGCACUGGUAGGUUGACACUAGAAGUUUAGACUUGUCACUUUUUAGGCUUGUCACAAGGUGCUCCUUGGUGAGAAAACAAAUAAACUUCUUUGUGCUUAA